AUGUAGUAGACAUAGAGUUUUGAUCACCAGAAACAUGUCUUCCUCCCUAGACAUACCGCUCCUUAGUAGUAGACAGAAAACAUAGCAGCAUUCCGCAUUGACGUCUUAAUGCUGAGCCGAGCGCUGCUGUCACAGUGUGGUACAACAAGGAAACGUGGACAGAUCUGUUCUAAUUCAAUAUGCGGAACCUGAAAUUAUUGAAGUCUGUGCACUGUGGCUCAGCUCAGGGUAUUGGCACUCCACAAUGUAUCGCUGUGCAUACUGACACUGGAACUGUUUUGAUUGGAUCAAGCUAUGGCUUUGUAGAGUUGGACCCUAAUACAGAGCAGAUCAUUAGAGAUGUUUCUUUAACAGUUGAGAAUUUUCUACCAGAGGAUGGAAGUGGUCAGGUUGUUGGGAUACAAGACGUUCCUGAUCAGGAGUCUGUGUGCAUUGCCACUGCCACAGGUGAUGUCAUCCUGUAUAAUCUGAACACUGGCCAGCUGGAAUGUGUUGGCAGUGUGGAUAGUGGUAUUGUUACUAUGAGUUGGAGUCCUGAUCAGGAACUUGUUCUCCUUAUAACAGGUCAGCAGACCCUCAUAUUGAUGACAAAAGACUUUGAACCAAUUGCUGAAAUAAUGAUCCAUCAGGAAGAUUUUGGAGAAGGAAAAUUCAUUACAGUCGGGUGGGGCAAAAAAGAGACCCAAUUUCAUGGUUCUGAAGGAAAACAGGCAGCCAGGCAGAAAUUAACGAAUGUACAACCUGCUAUGCCCUGGGAUGACCGCAGACCUCGUGUUACUUGGAGAGGAGAUGGUCAGCUAUUUGCAGUGAGUGCCAUAUGUCCAGACACAGGCUCUCGUAAGAUAAGAGUAUGGAACAGAGAGCUAUCCUUACAGUCUACAAGUGAACCUGUGGAAGGAUUGGAGCAGGCACUAUCUUGGAAGCCUUCAGGUAGUUUGCUUGCCUCUACUCAAAGCAAGCCCAACAAACAUGAUGUGAUUUUCUUUGAGAAGAAUGGGCUUGUACAUGGAGAAUUCACACUACCUUUUGCAAAAGGAAACAUUCAGGUAAGAGAACUUCUGUGGAACUCUGAUUCAACAGUUUUAGCCGUUUGGCUCCAGGAUAUUGAGAAGGAAGGUUCAAAACCGAAUACUUAUGUUCAACUCUGGGUGGUUGGAAAUUAUCAUUGGUACCUGAAGCAAAGCUUACAUUUUGGAAGUGAGGAAAACAAGAGAGUUGUGUCGGUAGUGUGGGACCCUGAUAUCUCGUUCAGGCUACAUGUUUUAUGCACUGGAUGGCAGUACCUUUGCUAUGACUAUGCCUGGAGUACAGACCGAAGUGGUGGGCAUGGUUCAGGAGGGCAGGCUGAUGUGGCCGUUAUUGAUGGUGAUAAGGUUUUGGUGACGUUGUUUGUUCAGUCUGUGGUCCCGCCUCCAAUGUGCACAUUUCACAUGCAGUUCCCGCAAGCUGUGAAUGAUAUUGCUUUCCAUCCAGAUCCUGACAAGAAAAGUGACUUUGCAGUCCUCGAUGCGGACAAUACGCUAUAUAUCUGCAGAUAUGCAGGAAUUGAAGCAGUGAAGGAUUGUAAUGUAAAAGCAGUGCCAGGAAAUGGAUAUAAAUCAAACACAAGAAUGCCUGUAUUAGAAAAGGAAUUCAGAGUUCAUGUUCCAUCAUGUAACACCCAUCCUCUUUGCUUCCGCCAUCUUACAUGGGUGCAGGAUGACACUUUUUUGGUUGUCAUUCAGGGAGAGAACUCCAGUCAGUCAACGGUUUACCACAUGAAGAUCCCCACAUAUGGCCAGAAUGUUGAUGUCCACAGACCUUCUGUAUCUGUUAAUGGGCAUAUAAUCAGUGUUUUCUAUGACACAAAGACCAAGACAUGUGCUGUACAAACAGCCAGUGGGCAAAUCUGGAAGUAUCUUUGGGAAUCCCCAUCGCCAGUCCUGGAACCCUGGAGGGAUGCAGUAGGCCAAGAUGUAAAGCUUCAACAUCCUUGUGUUCAGACAGCCAUCACAGAAAUAAAUGGAGAGGAAGUUGUUUUGGGCAUAACUGACCGAUCUCGUUUAUUCAUCAAUAAUCUGCUGGUUGCUACAAAUAUUACAUCCUUUGCCAUAUGCAAUGACUUUCUGCUCAUAACUACACACUCUCAUACCUGCAGAUGUGUGCCACUGAAGGAAACAUCAUUGAAAGCACUAGAAUCGCUCUUAAGUGUCACAUCAAGCUCCAAUGAUGAGACAGUUCGCAAAGUAGAAAGAGGAUCUCGCAUUGUUACUGUGGUUCCACAAGACACCAAAGUGAUCUUACAGAUGCCACGGGGCAACUUAGAAACUAUUCAUCACAGAGCUCUUGUAUUGGCACAGAUACGCAAGUGGCUAGAUAGUCUCCUGUUUAGGGAUGCAUUUGAAUGUAUGCGGAAACUGCGAAUUAACCUUAACCUCAUUUAUGAUCACAAUCCAAAGGCUUUCUUGGACAAUGUGGACCUAUUUGUAAAGCAGAUCGAUUCUGUCAAUGAUAUAAAUUUGUUUCUGACUGAAAUCAAAGAAGAAGAUGUAACGACCACAAUGUAUCCUACUCAUUCAGCACCUCCAGCCUCUUCUUCCAAAAAAUUAGGAGACAGAAAAAUUGAUAUCAUCUGUGAUAUAAUGAGAGCAUCCAUGGAAAAACUUAAUCCGCAAAAAUACUGUUUAUCAAUACUCACAUCGUAUGUCAGAAAGACAACUCCAUUGCUGGAAACUGCUCUCCAGAAAGUCCAUGAGCUCAGAGAGAGCCCACCAUCUCCAGAUGCCGUGAGUGCAGAGGAAGCCUUGAAGUAUCUGCUUUUCCUUGUGGAUGUCAAUGAGCUUUAUGAUCAUUCUCUUGGGACAUAUGACUUUGAUUUAGUCAUUAUGGUUGCAGAAAAGUCACAAAAGGACCCAAAAGAAUAUCUUCCAUUUCUCAACACACUGAAGAAAAUGGAAACCAAUUAUCAAAGAUAUACCAUCGACAAGCACUUGAAAAGAUAUAAGAAAGCUCUGGAACAUCUCAGCAGAUGUGGACCAGAGCAUUUCAUUGAGUUUUUAAACUUGGUUAAAGAUCAAAAUCUCUACACUGAAGCCCUAAAACUUCAUCCUGUUGGAUCUAGUGAAUAUAAAGCUAUUAAUGAUGCCUAUGGAGACCAUAUGCUUUCAAGACAUGGCUAUGAACAAGCUGGCCUGAUCUACGCUCGCUGUGGUAGUCUUGAGAAGGCUCUUGAUGCUUUUGUUGCAUGUAGUAGUUGGCAGCAUAUCUUAUCCAUAGCUUCUCAGUUGCAAUACUCAGAGGAAAAAAUGGCUGCUUUGGCUAGGACCGUAUCAGGCAAACUAGUGGAGCAAAGGAAGUACGGGAAUUCAGCUGUACUACUAGAACAGUAUGCUGAGGACUAUGAGGAAGCAAUUAUUGUACUGCUGGAAGGAGCCCUUUGGGAAGAUUCUUUACGAUUGAUACACAAAUACAAGCGCCUUGAUAUCAUAGAGACAAACCUAAAGCCGGCUGUAAUAGAAGCUAAAAAAAAUCACAUGCUAUUCCUGGAUGGCCAGAAAACAACAUUCCUUCGCCACAAGCAGCGUCUUUCCAUUGUUCGAGACCUGAAAGAAAAGGCACAACAAGGCUUGCUAGAUGAUGAAAUCCCUGGAGGUCCAGAAUCUGACCUGUUCUCAGACACAAGUAGCAUUGUGACAGCAAGUGAUAUGAGUGGAAAAUAUUCUCACAGUAAUUCAAGAAUUUCCUCGAGAUCGUCUAAGAAUCGGCGAAAAGCUGAACGCAAAAAGCACAGUCUCAAGGAAGGUAGUCCCUUAGAGGAUGUGGCCCUUCUAGAAGCACUGGGUGAAAUUAUCCGUACAGUUGAUAAUAUGAGAAGUGAGGUGAAUAGUCUAUUGAAAAUGCUUGUCCUGUUUCUUUAUGAUACGGAUGCUAGAGAACUGCAACACAUUUAUCGUGAAUUGCUCCAGCUGAUAGAGACUUCAAUACCAGAUAUCUGGACUCCAUGUGCACAGCUAAAUGCUGCACCUCCAGUUUUAGGUCCUCAUUCAACUGCUAAUAGCAUAAUGUCAUCUUAUCAACAGCAGAAAACAAUAAAACCUACAGAGCAAGAAUCUGAACUCUUCAUUGCUCCAAAACUUAAUAAAACCAUUCAGUGGAAGCUUGACCUACUUGACUAAGACAGUCUCUCUAUAUCAAAGACCAGCAGCAUUUCAGCGAGACACCGCAUCACUAUCCAGCCAGUCUCUGGGUAGCCAAUAAGUCAACGCACAGUUUAAGCAUGUUAUUUAUAUAUGAUGGGGGAGAUUUGUCGGUGUGAAGUAGAAAUCAUUUAAACCAUGUCAGUGCUUUCUAUGUUUUGCAUGUCUGAGCAAAAUUUAUGAACAAGCUUAGAUUUUGCACAAACAGACAUUCCUUCAUGUUUCUACCAUCUGACACAUUAUGCACUCCUCUGUGUUCUAUUUUUGCACAAAAUCUGUUGUCUUUUGCGCAAAGUUUUAAUAUCAAAACAAAAAAUGCGAAAUAGUAAAUUAGUGUGUAAAGCAUUUUUCUUUCUAUGGUACACGAGCACGUUGAGAACAUUGGGAAAAAAGACGCUAUGAAAGUCACUGCGCAAAAUAAUACACAAGAAAAAGGGGUAAACUCAAUGAUAAAUGUCCCAGAUGUGUUUAUAUGUAUCAUAAAUACAUUUUUGAAAAAAAU